GACGUCGUGCGCGUGACGUAGCCCCCUGGAGGGAGUACGUGGCAGUGACGUUGGCGGUCCGCCCUCUUUUUCGGCGGCUCUGUGCGGUCGGUUCCCGGGUGAGGGGGGUGUCGGUGUUCGGGAUUGAGAAGCCGGGAAGCGCCUCGAGCCGGGUUCGGGUCCGCUAGGCCGCAACAGGUUAUGAGCCUCCAUGAAUACGAGGAAACGUCACGGCUCUAGAAACACCGAGCAGGGCGUUUACCUGGGACCUCCCCAGACACAGGUUUUGCCCCCGCUCGCUGCCGCUGCCACCGCUGCUACUGCCGCCGCCUCGUUCCCGCCAACCCUGCCCCUGCGGGACACCAUGUCAUGUCAAGACCGCACCCAGGAGUUCCUCUCCACCUGCAAGUCCUUGCAAAGCCGACAGAACGGGCUGCAGCUCAACAAACCAGUACUGAAUGCUGUACGGCAAAGAAGCGAAUUCACGGUCAUGGCCAAACGCAUCGGGAAGGACCUCAGCAACACAUUUGCCAAGCUCGAGAAGCUAACGAUAUUGGCCAAGCGGAAGUCCUUGUUUGACGACAAGGCGGUGGAGAUCGAAGAACUGACCUACAUCGUCAAACAGGACAUCAACAGCCUGAACAAACAGAUUGCGCAACUCCAGGAGUUUGUCAAGGCCAAAGGCAGCCAAAGCGGGAGGCACGUGCAAACCCACUCGAACACCGUGGUGGUGUCCUUGCAGUCCAAAUUAGCCUCCAUGUCCAAUGACUUCAAGUCCGUGCUGGAGGUGCGGACAGAGAACCUCAAGCAGCAGAAGACGCGUCGAGAACAGUUUUCCCGCACCCCUGUGUCUGCCAUGCCCUUGACCGCAAGCAACCUCAGUGGCUCCGCCAUGCUUCAGGAUGAACCUCGGCAUUCGGGGGAUGUGGCUAUUGACAUGGACAACCGGGCCAGCCAGCAGUUGCAACUGAUCAACGAACAGGUUGCUGGCACAAUUUUCUGCUCCAACGCAGGCAACAACAAGGAGCUUUCAGACGACCCUGGGCUCCUUGACCCUGUGCUUGAUGGAUGGAGGGGCGCGUUUGUUGCCCUUUCGAUGGCCUUCACCCGCUCUUCCUUCUGCCUCUUCUGCAGAAUCGACGCCAACGUGGAAGAUGCACAGCUGAAUGUCGAAGGGGCGCACACGGAGAUCCUGAAAUACUUCCAAUCUGUGACCUCCAACCGGUGGCUGAUGGUGAAGAUCUUCCUCAUCCUGAUUGUCUUCUUCAUCAUCUUCGUGGUGUUCCUGGCCUGAUCGGGUGGGGGGGAGUCGGCUCAGACGCCCGACAACCUCCCUUCUGCCCAUCUACUUUCUCAGAGCUGCAUCUCUAGACUUUGGACUCUCCCGCUCUCUUUCGAGGCCAGCGAGGACGAGCAUUGCCUAGGCCAUGGCUGGUACCCACGGGACCCUGCCUUGCCCGUGGUGACUUUUCAUUCCCGUGGCUCUUGGGCCUGGAGCGGGGCCACCCUGACCGGAGUGCAAUAUCCUUCGGGACUACGCUGUGAAGGGCUUCGCCACCACCUCCUACUUCCCACAUGGGACACCAUCUAGAUGGGUGUAUCUGUAGCGGGACCAGAAAUCUUGCACCUGCUGCCCUCUUCUGUAUAUUUUGCCCUAACCCUGGGACUCAAAGAGUGCUAACAGAAGCCCAACCUUCAUCUCUUUAUCUUUUUUUUAAAAAUGACAUUAAUAUACUUGUACGGGGGUUUCAACGUCUGGUACCCUACAUUCAGCAAGCCUUCGCCUUUCUAUACAGCAGGCAGGGAGCUGUGGCUUGUAGGGUUGCGAGGCAGCCCUGGCUGUGCCUUUUGCCCUGUUCGGAGGGCAGUGCACAUUUCCCUCUCUCCCCAGCCCCUGACUGACUCCCACUGUGGCAUAUUUAAAUCUCUCCCCCCCCCGCAGCUAUGGUGGGGAGUUCCUCCAUCCCCUUGUACAGGAACAGCUGGCCUCCGCAGCCCCCCCAAAAGGUUUUCAAGCACAUCUGGUUCUCUCCUUGCCCAGAGUGUCCUCGUAUGACCCUCCUUCCCUUUUGUUUCUCCUUCGAGAAGGAAGGUUUCUCUUUUGCACACACAAAAACACAUUCAAUCCGAAGUAUUCCUUCCCUGAGCCCAAAAUUCUCCCUGCCAGUGUAAGAUUAGAAGGAGUUUAGCUCCAUUCUCCUUGCUGCCACCCUUCCUGACGUUUGGGGGAAAAGAGAAGGCACUCAGUUCUGCAUAGAGGUUGCACCUCUUAGUAAAUGCACUCCAUGUCUUCUAGCUGUCCGAAACAAAUUCACCCCCCUAGUGCUUCCUCUUGCUCUCGUUUGAGGUCCAAACCCAUUUCCCCCCCCCAUCCCAUUUACCCGUUGCAGAA